AUGGGUUCCCAAGAAGACGACCACAUCGCCACCGUCUACGGCGAAGAUCUAGACGAAGAAGAUGAAAGCGAAGACGACGAUCUAACCCUACCUAAUCAGAACGUUGAUGAAGACGAUGUUGAUUUGGUUGAUGACGAAGAAGAGGAUGAUUCCGUGUCCUCCGGCGUCGGUGGAGUCACCAUCGCCGUAGCUGGUGUUCCCAACGCCAACACCGCCGUCGCCGCUACACCAACGGCAGCAAUAACUGGUACGGUUAACGCCACUCCCAUCUCCCGAUCUGAUGGUGUUGUAGAACAGAGGAAGAUCGUGCCUUUAGACGAGUCUCGACGUUUGUUCCAGCGGCUAUGGACAGAUGAAGAUGAGAUUGAGCUGUUACAGGGAUUCCUUGAUUACACCAACCAGCGUCUUGUUAAUAACCCGUUCCACCACCAUCACCAUGAUACAACUGCUUUUUAUGAUCAGAUCAAGAAUAAAUUGCAGUUGGAUUUCAAUAAGAAUCAAUUGGUUGAGAAGCUCCGGAGAUUGAAAAAGAAGUACCGGAAUGUUCUCAGUAAGAUCAGUUCCGGCAAAGAAUAUGUCUUCAAGAGCGCCCAUGAUCAGAUCACUUUCGAGCUAUCAUGUAAGAUAUGGAGCUCCGAAGCUGCUCUCGUAUCCACUCCUGCAACUGCAGAUGUUGCCAGAUUCGAAGACGAAGAACCCAAUAACCCUAACCCUUACCCAAAUCCUAACCUAAACCUUACUUUUAACUUGAACGAGCAAAACGGUAACGGCGUUGCACAUCCACAUCCACAUCCACAUCCCAACAGUUCAGAGAAGAAAAUUCCCCGAUCAAGAAAGCGAUCAAGGCCUAGUGGAGUCAAAAUCGAGGAAAAAAUCAUUCAGCAACAACCCCCUGCUCCACCUGUGGUAGAAGGGGUUUCGAAUUUUUCAAAUCCAAUCCCUAACGUGGUUGAAGAAACUGUGAGGAAUUAUUUACUACCAUUGUUCAAGGAGUUGCUCGAUGGUUCACAGAACAUGGGUCGUGGCAAUUUCAGGGGAUUAAGCUCCGGAGGGAUGAAUUUUGAUCCUUUUUCUCUUUUCGGAUCUAUGAAUUUCCCAUUUGGGGAUAUUACUGAUGAGAAAUGGAGGAAGCAACACAUAUUAGAGUUGGAAGUUUGUUCAAAGAGAUUGGAAUUGGUGCAGGAUCAAAUCAAGUCGCAAUUGGAAGAACUGAGGUCAAUGAGGAGGUAA